UCUAAUAUUUUCCAGUGAAAUUAUGUAUCAUCCGCUAUAUUCUCAGUUAGCCUCAUGGUGUCAGUAUUAUACAAGGAAACCUUUUGAAAUACAGUCCCUCCUCUUCAAGACAUUAGCGUCACACAGUUGUUCCUCUCCACCAAAAGCGCGAUUCUGUGUUGCUGAAACAUAGGCUACCUAGUCGGGGUGGAUUAUGGUGAUUUGUUUGAAGAUAUUGCACAUUUUUAUGACAUCUCGGAGAAUUCGCUCAUUAAGAAAUCAAAGGCAAUAUUAAUUUGUUUUGUGAUCUUAAGCGUUUGAUUCAUGAUGGAACCCGAAGGACAAAAGCGCAGAUGGGAGUGCUGGUGGAUCUCUUUGUGUUUCUCUUUUCUGCUGUGCUUCGGACAGCAGGUUUCAGCGCAGAUAAGAUACUCUAUUCCAGAGGAAGUAAAAGAGGGAACCGUCGUUGGAAAUAUUGCGAAGGAUUUGGGGCUUGAUGUCAGUGCUUUAGCGGACAGGCGGUUCCGUAUUGUAUCUGGAUCCAAUGACGAUUUUUUUCAGGUAAAUCAGAACGGCGUCUUAAAUGUUCAUAAGAAAAUCGACCGAGAAUCGCUGUGUGAUAGUCAUCGCGCAUGCAUGAUAAAUCUGAAGAUAGUUGUCGAAAAUCCCCUUGAAAUACAUUAUAUUGGGGUAGAGGUGACCGAUGUAAAUGACAAUUCGCCCACUUUUAGUGAACAUGAGAAACGAUUGGAGAUUUUAGAAUCAACUGCUCGAGGAACGCGUUUUCAGCUUAAGGCGGCGCGUGACCCGGAUGGAGGGGGAAAUUCUGUGCGUACAUACAAAUUAACCCAAAAUGAACACUUUGAUCUAGAAGUCAGAGAUCAGGGAGAAGAUAAACUGCCAUUUUUAGUUUUACAAAAAUCUCUUGACCGUGAGAUUAAUGAUGAAUAUAAUUUAGUUUUAACAGCAAUUGAUGGAGGAAAUCCACAAAGAUCAGGAACUCUAAAUAUUACAAUUAACGUCCUUGACAUAAAUGACAAUAGACCGUUUUUUAGCCAAGAUAUGUAUUCUACAACUCUAAAAGAAAAUAUACAAAUCGGCACACUUGUCAUUCAGGUUCAAGCAAGUGAUGCAGAUGAUGGUUCAAAUGGAGAAGUCACCUACGCAUUUGGCAGCGAUCAGAACCCAAAGGUGUAUGAACUAUUUAGUUUGGAUAAACUGACAGGUGACAUUCGUGUGAAAGGGGAUAUAGAUUUUGAGGACAAAUCUAUUUACAAACUUGAUGUUCAAGCAUCUGAUAAUGGCCAGCCCCCUAUGAAGACAGACUGUAGAGUUGUCAUAAAAAUAUUAGACACAAACGAUAAUACACCUGAGAUCGAUGUAACGUCACUGUCAAAGAUGGUGUCUGAAGAUUCGAAGCCUGGCACUGUAAUCUCACUCAUUAGUGUUACUGACAGAGACACUGGUGUUAAUGGAAAAGUUGUGUGCUCUCUCUCAGAAAAUGUUCCGUUUGAAUUAAAACCAUCAGUUCAGGAAAACAUGUUUUCGUUAGUCACUAAAAGAAGCCUGGACCGUGAAAUCAUAUCAAAUUAUGACAUUACAAUAACAGCGACCGACUUGGGUCAGCCUCCACUGUCCUCAUAUAAGACUCUGAGCGUGCAGGUGUCAGAUGUUAAUGAUAACCCACCUGAAUUUAGCCUAAAUCCCAUAGAAUUAUAUAUGAUUGAAAACAAUGCUGCAGGCGCGCCCAUUCUCACGCUGAGUGCUUUUGACAAAGACCUAAAUGAAAACUCUGUGAUUUCAUAUCAGAUUAUUAAAGGGAAUGGGACACAAAGUGACAUGACAUCGUUUCUGAAUAUUAAUUCUGAGACAGGCGCAAUUUAUGCUCUGAAAAGUUUUGAUUUUGAAACCACCAAAACGUUCCAGUUUCAUGUACUCGCUUCAGACUCUGGAAGUCCGUCUCUGAGCAGUAACGUGACUGUGAACGUGUUUAUUCUGGAUCAGAACGACAACGUUCCAGUAAUCUUAUAUCCAGUCAGCGCUAACGGUUCUGCUGAGGGUGUGGAAGAGAUUCCCCGUAAUGUGAACGCAGGUCAUUUGGUGACUAAAGUCAGAGCCUAUGACGCAGAUAUAGGAUACAACGGCUGGUUAUUGUUUUCACUGCAGGAAGUUAGUGAGCACAGUCUCUUUGGUUUGGACCGCUAUACAGGACAGAUAAGGACCCUUCGCUCAUUCACAGAAACAGACGAGGCCCAGCAUAAACUGCUCAUUCUGGUCAAAGACAAUGGGAACGUUUCGCUCUCAGCAACAGCGACUGUGAUUAUCAAAGUUGUGGAGCCCAAAGAGGCUUUUGCAGCUUCUGAUGUGAAAAACGCAGUAAAAGACGAGGAGGAAAACGACGUGACGUUUUAUUUGAUCAUCACUUUGGGCUCGGUUUCAGUGCUUUUUGUCAUCAGCAUCAUCGUGUUGAUUGUAAUGCAGUGCUCCAAAUCUACAGACUAUUCGUCCAAGUAUUUACAGGACACAAAUUACGACGGGACUCUGUGUCACAGCAUCCAGUACAGAUCUGGAGACAAACGGUACAUGUUAGUUGGACCCAGAAUGAGUAUCGGUUCUACAAUUGCACCAGGCAGUAAUAGGAAUACUCUAGUGAUACCAGAUCGCAGGAGGAGAGAUUCUGGAGAGGUAAGACUGGCGGAUUUAUUUUUUAUGCACUCUUUGAUUUAAAUGUAUUAUUUGUAUCGGAAGUUCUUUGGCGUGUUCAUUCACCCCUGAUUCGUGUUGACUUCUCAGGGUUUGUUUUGGCAUGGCUGUUUUGAUUAUUUAUAAAAUAUUGAGCUUUUUUAUGUCAAGGUAGAUUUGUAAAAGAUUUUGUAUGUUGAUGUACAAAUCUCUGUAGUGGAACAGAUCUAUUUCCUCUUCUAAUCAUUGUUGGAAUAAAACAAUGCUAUUUUAAGAAUAUCACAAUUAUUUUAUUGGACUCAAAUAAACUCUGUCACAGCAAACGGUACAUCUAUAUUUUUACUGAAUAUCUAUGCUCGGUAAGAUCUGCCCCUUAUUUAUCGUCUCUCUGCAACAUUUGUUUGUGAUCUCUGAGGAAUUGAAUGCCAUUGAAUUCGGUCUUAUGAAAAAAAAUGUUGCAUUGCAGUUACAUUAUCAUAAUUUGUCUAUUUUGUUUCUUAGACAAAAAUAUAGUUAUUGACACUAUUCCACUCUGUACUUAGUGAAGUGACACAAAAUGAA